AUGCAGGACGAACACAACAAGGAUAAAGAGAAGCGUUCGAAGUGGAAGAUCUUUAGCUCCUCAAAAGACAAAGACAAACGGAAAAGUCAGGACAUGCAAUUGCCUCCAACUGCCACAACAUCAGCUGCUGCAGCAGAAGCAGCAGAGACGUCAGGAGAUUCGACAUAUGGAAGCAGUGAACCCAAUCACUCACUUACCACAGAUGGUGGCGAUUUGAGCAACACAAGGAGCAAUGUCAACAGUAGCGGAUUGAGCCCUGGCAAGACGCCAGACACUACAACGCCUACACCCAAUCCCAAUGUCAACUCUAACACAAAUACCAACACCAAUUCUUAUCUCAACUCAGGCCCAGAGUCUUGGACUAGCCCGACCAUCAAGAGAGAAACAGUCACCAACCCGAAUACCGGGCAAACGAUCACAACUACAACUACCACUACAACUACUACAACCACUAUAACAAACUCAAAUGGCACAACUUCGACCAUCGAGGAGCCUCGUCCCGUCACGGAAUUGCCCACUGUUGCAAACGAAGACGUCACGCCAGCUUCCCCGCAUCCACCGCCACAGCAGCAACCACCAGUUCCUACUUCAGCUCCUCAACCCCAAAACAAUUCCCUGCAACCACAGUAUCAACCUCCUGUUGAACCGCCUGUGCCUAUUUCUGUGUCUGUACCUCAGACGACACCCACACCUGUGGAGCCAUCGCCAAUCACCCCCACAGCCCGACGCAAGAGCCUAGAAACACCAGGACGACGAAUUAUUCCACCUCGCGAUCCUGUCCCGUCGCAAUCUUCAAUUCCACCUUCAAUUCCUCCAUCCAUCGCACCUUCAGUUGCAGACAAUCACAAUUCCCCAGCAAUUCCCGAGCGGAAUGUUAGACGAUCGGCUGAGUUUGUACCCGCACCGUUACAGAUCGGCCAGGGCGCAUUUCCACCACCACCACCUCCACAAGACAAUAAACCCGUCAAUUAUUCCCGGCCUGCCAGUAAAUCCACUUUUGCAAAUCUCAAGACCGCUGCGGCAGGUAUUCAUGGCGCUGGUGAAACACUCCGUGGAACAUUAAACUCGACCGUCGACAAACACUUUGGCGGCUCCCCAGCAGCUAUCGAGAAGAACCAAGCCGCGAUCGAAGCAGGCCGUUACGAGAUUGACAAGGGAAAAUUCUACCACCCAAAUCAAUACCGUUUGCAAAGACCUCAUGACGACAACGGCCCUUCGAGCGAUGCACCGCCGAUCCCAGACGCGCAGUACGACGACCCACCGUUCAAUAUGGGCAACACAACAGGAAGUCCCGCCGUAACAGACAAUGAUAGAGAUCGACGUCGCAGCAGGCUGGGAAGUUUGUUUGGUAAGAGUAGUGGGAGGUCUUCGUCUCAGCCCGGUACUGAUCCCAUGACGCCGAGAACUGAGAGGCAGAAGUUGAAGAAGAGGGGCAGUUCAGGCCCAGGGACGCCAAAGUUGAGUGUUGUUGGAGAACGAAUGAGUGAAUAA